UCCCAUCCAGCGAGUUAUUAGAGACAGUGAAGGAAUUAAAAGAUGAUGACGCGCUGGGAUCUAUUGGAACAGAACUCGGAUUAAACAAACUCAUUCGAUUCUUGCCGAUAAAUCAUAUUCAACUGCAAGAAGCCAAGAAAAAUGGCCAGUUGAUCAUGCGGUCUGGAGAGACAUCAGUUACAGGGGGUGUGCUCUUGGCUCUUAUUGGGGCGAUAUAUCAUGAGAAAGGUGCCCUUACAGCAAAAAACUUUAUCCACACAUUCAUUUUACCAAAACAUCGCGUUUGUAUGGAACUACGGCGCGACAAGUGA